GAACUUUCAGUUUGGCAUCAGAAGAGCUAGAGGGUAGUGUGUCGUCGGUGGACCGAGUUCAACAAGUGCGAACUCCUUCGCACAGGGCACCCGUGCAGAUAACAUGACAAGAUGAACGUACAAGAGCGCGAAUGUUCCGACUUAGAAAACAGUGGCGUAGGCGGCAAGCCUUUUCGCCGGUACGUUGUGAACGUGGACGCCGAAAACUACAUGCUACGAGGUGUGGGAAGAACCGAUUUGGAUACGAUGUUUUUGGUACGCGAGAAGCACGAAGACCACUGCGGCCGUUUGCUGUCUUUUCAUACGUUGCUAUGUAACUGCGACGUGAGCUGCUGCUGCAUGUGCGGUUCUGUUUGCCCUUCAGAUUGCCACGCUUGCUUCCACAAUUUCUGCACCAACAGACCCUCCGAUCAGAACAACCACAAUUUCGACAGGCCAAUAUCAGAAUGGACAAACUCGAACGUAAUAGAAUGGAUGGCAGCAUUGAACCUAUAUUCACAUUCAGAAGUCUUCAAAUGCAAAGACGUCAAAGGCACAGAACUCGUGGAAAUGGACAGGGAAAAACUUAUGAAUAUGGGUAUAAAAGAUGAAUUUCACCAGAAGGCCAUCCUUAAUUGUAUAGACGAACUGAUCAAGUCGGAAGAUCAAAGUCAUGCAGAAACUGAACCUCAUUGUUUAGUACAACAUAAUUUUUCUACGUUGGAAAAAUGUAGAAAAUGUGGCAAAUUUUCACGAGGUAUCUUACAUCAAGGCUUCAUGUGUUCGAGUUGUGGACUCGUGGCUCACAAGGCAUGCGCAGCAACGGGGUUGCCCAGCUGCCUAAGUCAACAGAACCAGUUGAGAAUAUUUUUCGGAUCUUCGUUAUGCGGCCAAUUAACGGAAGAUGGCGCCCCAAGUUUCGUCAUUAGGGUGUGCCGCCAACUGGAGAAAAUAGCUCAAGAAGACUUAACAUUGAGCCUCUACAAUGUCUACUGUACCUCGCCACCAGCUGAUGAACUCUCGAGGUUUGCUAGGUCCAUUGAUGAAAACCAGGGUGAGGUUGACAUCAGUGACCGAUCGGCCGUUCUGCUUGCUGGCAUCCUCAAGAAGUACCUCAGGGAAUUACCGGACCCUUUGAUUCCAGUACAGUGGUACGAUAAAUUCUUGGAGACUGCAAAAAUCCGGUGCAACGAACAAUGUGCCAACUGCCUUGCUGAACUAGUCGAGGAGCUCCCACCUGAUCACAAAUCAACGCUGAAAUAUUUCAUGCAGCACUUAUGCCGUAUGUGCCAGAUGGAAUUCAAGAGGGGAAACAAAAGCCCGCCUACCAAUCUGAUUCAGGUUCUCUGUUACAUUAUAAUGCGCCCAUCUUGGGAACGAAUUAUCCAAAUAGUUUACAACACGCAAGCCCAUAACCGAAUAUUGGAGUUACUACUUAUCAAUUGUUCUUGGGGUGAAACACUACCAGAUUUCGCAUGCGCACCGGCGAUUCCUCCUCGAAAAUACUCCGCCAUGAGUAUAGGAGCUGUAAACUUAGCUAGCACAUCAGCUGUAGCGAAAGAAAUUCCAGCCCAGUGUAACACUUCGCUCCAGGAGUCCGAGUGGUAUUGGGGCAGCAUAAGCCGAGAGGAAGUCACCGACAAACUGCAAAACACUGUUGACGGCACGUUUUUGGUUAGAGACGCUUCCAGCAAGUGUGGCGAAUACACGUUGACUUUAAGAAAAGGCGGUGCCAACAAACUGAUCAAAAUAUGCCAUCGAAAUGGAAAGUACGGCUUUACGGAACCCUACACCUUCGAUUCGGUGGUCGAGUUAGUCAAUCACUUUCGACAUUGCUCUUUGUCGUUGUACAACGCGUCUUUAGACGUCAAACUGCUUUACCCAUUAUCCAAAUACAGCCAAGAAGACGAAGCGAUCAAAUACGAGAAUGACGAAAAACUUUGGGCAAAUUUGAACGAAAUCACCAUCAAGUUGGACGUAAACAACCGAAAACUAGCGGAGUUGUCGAAAGCCUUCGCUCAAACCAAACAGGAAGUCAGCACCAAACGUUACGCCCAAGAGGCUCUGGAGGAGCUGCUGAAAGUGUUGAAGGACCAAACAGAGCUUCUGAAAAACAUGACAGAGCGAGGAUCGGAAACGAAUUUGAAAAUACUUCAAGAGCGAUGUGCAAUGAUUGAGGAAAGUUGCGAACAACUAACCGAAAACCUGCUACAACAUGUAGCUUACAACAAGUCGUUAGAUAGGGAAGUAACGUCCGAAAAACUGGUUAUUUUAAGUUUGAUUAAGGAGCAAGAGAAAUAUAUACGUUGGCUGCAGGAAAGAGGGGUCUCCUUAACCAAAAUAAACCAAAUGCUGAACCGGUCUGAAGAGUGCGAAAACGUAGACCUGGAGGAUUGUCCCCAUUCCGAUGAACGUACUUGGCUUAUGUUGGAAUUUUCAAGACAAAAAGCUGAACGCGUUUUGACCAAUACCCUCGAUGGUACGUUUUUAAUACGAAAAUCGAGCACGGACCAAUAUGCAUUGUCAAUUUUUUGCAACGGACUUGUGAACCAUUGCAUCAUUCAGCGUACCAAAGCUGGUUUCGGCUUCGCAGAACCAUAUAACAUUUAUCCGAAUUUGAAGGAAUUGGUUCUUCACUAUGCCGCUAAUUCGUUGGAAAUACACAACGAUUCCUUGAAGACCAAACUGUUAUAUCCUGUCGGGGCCCUCUAUUCCAAUCCAAUUCACCGAAUGUACAACUUUCAAAGAGUUUGUGAUAUAUAAAAAAAAGCUGCUGUGACUUAGAUUUCCAUGAUGUUGAAUUGUGAUGAUUAAUUUUACGAAAACUUUAAACAAAUUCAUAAAUGGAACGGAAUUGUAUUAUAUAUUUAAACAAGAAAAAACGAACAAAAAACGUUGAAUUUGAUGAACAUCAAAAAACACCAGGAAAAAAUGACUGUGAUAGUGUACUAAAGAGAGAUGGAGUUUUAGUGUAGAUUGGGCUGAGAGCAGUUACCAUGGGCUUGAUGCCUUUUUCUGCCGCUUCCAUGAAGUGGGCGUUUAAAGAACACUUUUUCGCUCUUGUGGUUUAACAUUCAGAGCGCCGAAAUAUGUUCUAGAGAUCUGAUUAGAUAUUUUGUUAUGCAAAAUAUGAAAACUUGAUAAGUACAUUGCUUUCAUGGAUAAAAGCAUUCUAGAUAAUUUUCCUUCACAUUGGCCAACGUAAGAAUAAUAUUUCGGUUUUUAACAUAACCAAUAUCUACUUAUUUUAUUCGAUAAAUGUAUGAUUGUAUAAGGAGAGGAUUUUCAGUAUUUUUUUUUGUACCGACUGAAGAAAAAAUAAUUACGUCCUUUAACAUUCGUUUCAAAAUCAACAUAAAACAUAGUCCAUUGAGGAAUUAUCGACAUUAAAGUAGGCCUUGAAAGUCCAGUCGCGGCUUUAUUUCUGGUUACAAAAUAUCACCAAAAAUUGAUGUGGUUUUAUUAUAGAAAUAAAAAAAUAUACAUAAUUUGUAUAUCACCGAAUGCAUUUCUCGGUUAUAACCUAGAAUUGUAUUUGAUGAUUCUUGACAUGAAUUUUGCAAAUCAAAAUAUUACCAAAUAAGCCUCUACCAACUUAAUUUCGAUUUUCCUCAGCCGACCAGUAUGUCAGUAAUUCCUGAACAGACUAUAAAGUAUUUCUUCAAUUCAUUCGUCUUGAAAAUAAACCUCCACAAGUUUUCAUACUUGGAUAUCUUAUAUUUUUUCAGCUAAUUUGUAAAUUUAAAAUUAGCAUAAAUAUAUUGAGUAGACCUCAUUGAGAAACGUUCUAAACUUUAGACUUUGGAUUUGUUGAAAACUCGUUACUUAUUAAAUUGUUUUCGUAUUUUCUAUUUUUUCUUGGAUUGAAUGACUUUUAGUUUGUGUCCCUUCUUUUGCCUCUCAUUUAUUUUUAUUUGAAUUCCCCCAUGUAAUUCUGCUCGUUUGAGCAUGGUAUAUUUCAAUUUUUUCUUGAAAACAUUGGUGGAGGAUCAAACUGACAUGAAAUUUGCACUACAGUGAAAAAUGUUGAUAUUUUACUUUGUCUGGAAGUCCUCAACUUUGAAGAAACGAGUCAUCUUUUAUACUGCAUUCGCUCCUCUCAAUUUCUCGUCCUAAAUCUACUAUUUAGUCAAAAUAUGAUCAAUAAAUUUUUUUUUUGAUCAUUGAGAGAAAGUUUUAUAUUUUGCAAUCAAAUAAUCAGAUAUAUUCAAAGUGAUAAUUCAAAAGAAAUGUAACUCAAACAAAAUGAGCUUUAUUCCUAAAAGUGAUUUGAUAUUUUAAGAUUGUUUAAGGGAUCGUCUAAUUUGUUUUUUGGGAUUGAUUGAAAGAAAAAGAUAUUUUUCUACUGGAACGAAAAUUUCAUUUAAUGUACGGUGUUAAUAAUUGAAGAAGUAUUUUAAAACGAGAAAAACAGCCGUUUUUUGGUUGGGCACUGUUUGUCAAUUCAAUGUGGCAGACCACUUGUCAGUCGGUAAAAAAAAAUUGCUUGCAUUUGAAGACUACGGAAUUGAAAAAGUAUUUAAUUUUUUAUCCUUCGUAUAUUAUAAUGAAAUAACUGCUCCUAAUUUUUUUUCCCUGUAUCAAUUCAUUAGUAUAAUAGUGUGAACAUCUUAAUUGAUGAGUUCAUCAGUUAUAAUUAAAUCGUCCUUCUAGCCAUGAAAGUUUCAUUUUUCAAGUACGAGGAAAACUGGAAGGUCCCUGGAAAUCCAUAUGUGAUUUGUAAAACUGUAAAUGUGUUAAUGUUAUAGUUCUGUACAUAUGAAACAUAACUGGUUAUGUUGCCGCCAUAUAAUUUGUAUAGAUUUCCGUUAUUGCCAGAAAAUGUUUCUUAUUAUAUAUAGAAAUUUUCCCUCCAGUUUUUUUCAGUUGAUAGAAUUUAUUUAUUGAUGUUUGUUUUUCUUCUAGUUAUCCAUUUCAUAUUUCUUAAAUGACCAAACUAAUUGGAAAUACGAUGAGCGAUAUUGAAGUUCGCAUCAUUAAUCUUAAUACCUAUUUAUUAACUUAGAUAUAUUUGAAAGAAUUUUUUUUCAGCAAACCUUGCUAGUACAAAAAUGCUGUCAUUCGAAAGAGAUCAGCAAUAAUCAUUUUCUAAUGUCUUUCUUGAGAAAAAUAUUGAACUAGUCCAAAGCCCUUAUUGUAACAUUUUUAUGUAUUCCAUUAAAAUGCUUUUCUGAUCGUUUUAGUAUGAAAUUUUUACCAUUUUUUUGUUUUUAAUUUUUUUAUAUGAAGCGGCAAAAAGCUUUAGAGAUAUAUUCUUUAAAAUUGGUGUGUAAACUAGUCUUUCAUUUGAUUUAACAUAAGUGUAGAAUUCGUUAUUCUUAAAAAGCUUAGAAAGUGACAUUAAGCUGUUUCGAAUGUCGUUAGGAAUUUUCUAUUCAAAAAGCGUUCAUAUCCAAAAUGAGAAAUAUGGUUUGAUAAUUCAGAAACCGUUUAUCUAGAAUGUUUUUGUUUCUCAAUUAAUUUUAUACUGCUAUUAAUGGAUAUUGUAUUGGACUUUCAAAAGAGCAAAAGAGUAUAAGUAUUUGAUGAUACAUGUCAACAGUUGUCAGUUAACAAUGUCGGGAGUAUUGAAUGAUCGGAGAAUAAAGACCAGUGAUAAAAAAUUUGUGGUCAUUUGAAUUGAAACUCUUAUGCGUUUACAACAUUUUCGAGAAGGAAGUACUUCCUUAUUUAUUGAAGAAUUGACAUGAUUUCCAAGUUUAUAUUCAUUACGAACUUUCAACGAAAUGUUGGCCUAUAUAAUAUGAUUUCAAAGGCUGUACUCCAUAGCGCGGAUCGAUGUUAAUUCUAUUAAUGGGAAAUCUGUGGAGAUUGUUCAGUUCAAGGCUUGUGACUUUUGUGAAUUCAUAAUUGUUCCGAUCAUAUAUUUGUUUGUACUCCUUUCAUGUAUUUUAACUCUCAAAAUGUUCAACCUGGUGUGUUGCAAGGGUAUUUUGUGUGAAUGAUAUUAUCUGGCAAUGUUUUUUAGUUUUCAGAUGUUUUGCAAUAUUCUUGAAUAAAUUCUUUUGCUGUUGAAUGUCAUCUCAGAUAUAUUUAAUAAAACUGUUUGAAUUCUA